UCUGGUCUUACUGAUUACGUUCGUAGAUUAGACGUCGUUGACUUGCACUUAAAUAUUUACUAGUGAAUAGGGUAUAAAAAAGUUACAGAGCAUUUGUAUCUUUUCUUAUCUUUUAUCUCGGUCAAUAUUCUAACUUGGUUGAACUUAGUGUGAUAAUAUUGUUGUGUUCAAGUAAGACUAUUAUUAAUUAGGUAUUAUGAAGGAAUGCAAUGGAAGUUUGAGGCAUAUAAUUCAUUACUUUUACAAACCCUAACAACUUUUUGUUGUACUUUUCUUUUUACAAACAUAUAAUAUCUUAUCAGUUUAAAUCCUGCAGUUAUUUGAUUAUAUUAAUAUUUCCAAGAGAAACCAAGGGAUUUCCAAAGUUUGAAACCAUGUUUAUUGUGGGUCUAACAGGAGGUAUAGCUACUGGAAAAACUACAGUGAGUGAAAUGUUUCAAGAAUAUGGCAUUCCAGUUAUCGAUGCAGAUAAAAUGGCAAGACAGAUUGUAGAACCUGGUAGAACAGCAUGGAAGAAAAUAAAGAAAGAAUUUGGUGAUGAAGUGUUUUAUCCAUCAGGCGAACUAAAUAGAGACAUAUUAGGUGAAAUCAUAUUUGAUGACGUCAAUAAAAGAAGAACCCUAAAUGAAAUUACUCAUCCAGAAAUUUAUAAAGAGAUGUUCUGGGCAGCAGUUAGAUGUUUUUUUCAAGGUCAUCAGUUUGUUGUCAUGGACCUUCCGUUAUUAUUUGAAACAGGCAGUAUGAUUGAGUAUCUUUAUAAAAUAAUUGUAGUUACCUGCGAAGAAGAUAUCCAACUUGUAAGGGUUAUAGAGAGAGGAAAUCUGACUGAAACUCGUGCCAAGAAAAGAAUUGGUGCUCAGAUGGGAUUGGAUUUAAAAUGUUCAAAAGCCCACUACGUAAUAGAAAAUUCAGGGAGUAUAGAAGACACAAGGGACCAAGUAACAAAGGUAGUGGCAGCUCUCAAGAGCAGCAACCAUCACUGGAAGCUAAGAUUGAUUGCUGGACUGUUCUGCUCAGGUGUUGUGUCUUUGUUAAUCUGGCUUGGCACAAAAUUCUAUCAGAAUAGAAUAAUGUCAUAACAAAACACAUGUAGUGUAAGUUCUGACUUAUGACUGUUCCAAUUUCAUGAUUCUAAAUUAACUAACAUUGGAGAAAUUACUUAGGUAUUUUGUACUUUUUUUAAUAACAUUUUAAAGAAUACUAAAGUCAGUGGAAUUUAACCCUAGGGUUGUAAUUAUUUGUAGACACUGAUUAAUUUAAUUUCACAAUUCACUGACAAAUACUUUACUGGAAUGGUUCUAUUCUUUUACAGCAUCAUGCAGCCAUUCAAUGUGAAAUGUGUGUUUUUUUAUUAAUUUUUGCUGUUUUCAAAGUGUUAUAUAAUCUGAGAGGCAUUAUGAAUAGUGCAAGUGCAGUUUUUACCAAUGUAUACAUUAUGGCUUGUCUAGAAAACCUUAUGAUAUUUAUCUAAUAGAAAAUUAAUUAUAUGUAUAUGCUUGUAAAAUAUUAAAUAAAUAAAAGUAAAUGUCUA